CCUCCCCAGAUCACCCUCCCCUACCACACGCACUCUGUCCUUCCAGACACAGAAGAAAAGAUCUGAUCCUGGGCCUGAUCUGUGUGCUGGGAUGGCAAGGAAGGUGAGAAAAUGGUAUCCAGUAAAGAUCUUGAUUGUUGCAGUAUGCUACUCUCUGAUGGCAUCUGUAACUGGAUGCAACAAAGCCCUCUGUGCAAGUGAUGUCAGCAAGUGCCUCUUGCAGGAGCUCUGUCAGUGCAGCAUGAAAGGAGAUGACUGUCCUUGCUGCCAGGACUGCAUGAUGUGUCUGGGCAGUCUUUGGGAACAGUGCUGCGGUUGUGUGGGUUUAUGCAACGAGCAUAAAGUAAAUCGCAAACUUGCAGCCCGAAGAAGUUCGCUAGAGGAGCUACCUUUCCCUUUGCCUUCUCUGUUCAAGUCAAUAUGUGAGCUGCAGGGGGAAGCAGCUGUAGACUGGACUAUUCACACCCUGCCAGUGUCCAAAGAAAUCAGCCAGAGGUCUCAUAUGGAUCAUAUUCUUCUCACUACUCAUUCAGCAUUACCUUCCCCAUCUACGGUGAAUGCAUCUGCCAUUUGCACAGUGAUGUAUUUUAAACCUUGUAUGAAUAUGAGACGUUGCCAGGAGUCCUGUGAAGUUACCGGCUCUUCAAGGUACCGUUGGUUCCAUAAUGGCUGCUGUCAAUGUGUGGGGCCCGACUGCUAUGGAAACGGCAGCAAAGAGCCAAUGUGCCAGCAAUGCCAUCCUAAGGGAAUACUGUCAGUUGUGGAAGGAGAUUAAUUCUGGAAAUAAUUGAUCAGGAAGGUAAUGAGAAGAAGGAAGGAACCUGAUUUGAAAAAUCAAUCCAUUUGUGCUUUCCAUAAGCUGAAAGUCAUGAGAAGACAAAGUUUGAUAUUCAGUAUGUACUGGUAAAAUUAGUGUAAUUUUGCAUAAAGCAGCUGCAUUUUAGUUGUGUGUGUGUGUCUUGUGUGUGGGGGCUACUAGGUAGAGUAACAUAUUUAAACACUGGCAGAAGAAUAAAACAUCCAGGGUAAAAUAAA